AUGGACUCGACCCCGCCUACCUCGCCCAUGGGCGGCCACCAACAUCGCGUGUCGAUAGCAAGUGCUUUGCGCACACCAAGAAGCUCCAGCCGCCUGAGUCUUGGAGGUCGCGGAGGAAGCAGUCGCGCCUCCGACGAGGACUCCAAGACCGCGGUGAAAGUUGCCGUUCGAGUGCGCCCUCCUCUGCAACCAUCCGAUCCCGGCUACGACUUGAUUCCGCAACGUUUCCGCACUUCUACCUGCGACGUCUCUUCUGCUACCAAUCUCGCCAUUCAAUCGACCCAAGGGAAAAAGCUGUUCGUCUUCGAUCGCGUCUUCGGCGAGGAUACAACUCAACAAGGCGUUUGGGAAUAUGUCAGCGACAGUGUCGACUCCUUCAUACAAGGGUACAAUGUCUCCAUCCUUGCAUAUGGUCAGUCGGGUGCCGGAAAGUCGUAUACCAUGGGUACAGCUGGCUCCGAGGGCGCCUUCGACCCUGUCCACGCUGGCAUUGUUCCUCGCGCUGCCGCCGCGCUUUUUGAGAAGCUUAAUGUUUCUUCAACCGCAUCGGCUCCACUGACUCCGAGCAAAUCGGGCCUUCGUUCUCCUGCACGUUAUUCAGUCUCGGCAGUACCUAGCCUCUCGAAUCUGCACCGCCAAACGAACAGCGACAAAUCAUGGACAUUGACAGCCACUUACGCUGAGAUUUACAAUGAACAGCUCCGCGACUUGCUCGUUCCAAGUACUGUGCCUGAAGCCGACCGCGCCCAGGUCUCGAUUCGCGAAGACACCAAGGGACGCAUUCUGCUAACUGGUCUGACCCAAAAACCUAUCAACUCGGCAGACGACCUUCUGGAGGCUUUGAGCUUUGGUUCCAACAUCCGCCAAACUGAUUCGACUGCUAUCAACGCCAAGUCUUCGCGCUCUCACGCCAUCCUCAGUCUAAAUCUUACUUUGAAAAAGGGACCCUCGGCCAACAGACGUGCUUCUGUCCAAGUCGACAAUUCUACCGCAAACGACGCUGUUGUGACUACGGAAAGCAAGCUCCAUUUUGUCGAUCUGGCAGGUAGUGAAAGACUGAAAAAUACAGGUGCUCAGGGCGAUAGAGCAAAGGAGGGUAUAUCAAUCAAUGCCGGUCUCGCUAGCUUGGGGAAAGUCAUUUCGCAGCUGUCCACUGCAAAGCAGGGUGGCUACAUAUCCUACCGCGAUUCUCGAUUGACACGUCUUUUGCAAGACUCUCUGGGCGGAAAUGCUAUCACCUACAUGGUCGCUUGCGUCAACCCGGCCGAGUUUCAUCUCAGCGAGACACUCAACACAGUCACCUAUGCUCAACGUGCUCGCGCCAUCCAGAGCAAGCCUGAAAUUCAACAGACGACUGAAGAGGCUGACAAAUCAUCCAUCAUUGCUCGUUUGCAAGCCGAGGUUGCUUUCCUUCGAGAACAAGUCAACAAAAACAAUGAAAAAGGCGAACAGCGCAUCCUGGCUGCUGGCGAUCACAAAGAGCGUCGUGAAACCGAGCUACAGGAUCAGCUCAUGGAUAUGCAGGAGAGUUACAAUGCGCUCAGUGGACGCCAUGCCAAACUCAUUUCUGAGAUUUCAAAAGCCAAGGAAAACAACCAAGAGGAUACCCCCACCCUCAGAGAUGCUGUAGGAGAGUCGGCUAUGGAGAGACUCAAGCGCUCCAACUCGUUUGCCGAAGCUGUUGAACAAGUUGUAAUGGAAUACGAAAAGACGAUCCAAUCGCUGGAGGCCUCUCUGUCCAACACUCGCUCCACGCUUUCUGCGAGCGAGAGCUCACUCAUGGAGCGUGAAGCUAGGAUUGCUUACAUGGAGUCGCAAGCCCAACAGCUGCAGGUCAGGCUGCAGAAGGCUGGCGAGCGUGAAGCUAACAACGAUGCCUACCUGAGAGAUUUAGAGACCCAGAUCGAGGGUGCAACCACUAGUGAAGAGAAAAGUUCCGCUCUUAUUACCAGUUUACGCAAGGAGUUGAGCCGAUAUAUUGCAACAAUCGAGGAGAAGUUAGCAGAAGCAGAACAAGAUCGAGAGAUCAUGCAGCGCGAGCUCGAUCGUCUUGAAAACGUCAUCGAACGCCAAAGAAGUAUCGGCAGACUGGACAACCUUCUCGCGGAGCUUGACAAUAUCCGUCAUAGUGAUCAGACUGGACGGUCUCAGCAGCUUAAUGGACACUCGGCCGACAUCAAGGAUCACAACACAGUCGACAAGGAGUCAGCUGUCCUCGGUGCAGUGCCAUCUGGCGAACAACCACCGGAGCAACCUGUAGAUUCAGCAUUACCCGAGUCAAGCCAGGAUGUGGAAGAUCAACGGAGAAAAGAUGAACAGCAAGUAGCCCAGUCCAAGUUCAUGGCCGACAAACUCGAAACCAUGACGCAAGAACUCUUCGACCUUCGUAGCGAACACGAGACUACGAUCAAUGAUUACGACAACCUUCAACGCAAGUAUGAAACUGCACUGCAAGCACUCGCCAAGAUGCAUGAAACACACGAAGAGGAAACUAGACCGGAAUCGAGAAACUCAGACAAGCCAGAGUCUUUUUUAGAGGGCGCGGGGGUGAAUGGUAUGAAGGAGGAUGGACAACUGGCCGCAUCCUCGCGUUCCUUGGCAGCGGAGUUGUCAUCGGGGUCGUUUUCGCGACACUCUUCCACUAUAACGAACGAGGAGUCGGACGGAACAGAUGGGGCUCAAGGCAGAGUCCAGAAAGAUAUUGAGAGUGAUGAUGCAAGCACGAUCGUUGACGAGGACGAGGCACCGCUUCGUCCAGAAGAACGGGCACUUGCCCACGAGAUGGAAAUGCUGAGGCAACUGCAUAUCCAGCGAGAAUCAAGCUUGAAGGAGAUUUCGGACAACUAUGUGAGACUGUCCGAAGAACACAAGAAUGCUCUAGGUCAGGUUGAAGAUCUGAAGCGUGAAAUACAGCGAGCUCAACUGGCGACCAACAGACAAUCAUCGCCCUCGCUAGUCAAGCCCAUCAUUCGUCGCAAGCCCAGUCAGGAUCUCAUGGCCAACACCACGACCAACAACGAUCGAGCCAUGCGAUCAUUCGCAUCACUGCGUAACAUUGCGCUCGACAAUUUCGAGUCGAACAUUGAUGUCCGCCAGAACUUUGAGAUUCACCUCAACACCAUCAUGGGUGAUCUGCAUGAUCGAACCGAGAAGAUGCAGGCCCUCGAUGCAGAGGUCACGGCUGCUCGAAAAGACCUCGACGCUAAGACUGCUAUAAUCACAGGCUUGACACGCGAGAGAGCUAGUGUUUCGGCUGCCAACACCGUUGACUUUACUGUUGUCGGUCAUAUGCGCGAUCAACUCACGAGGAGUGAGCAGCAGGUGACCCUCCUCCGUGAGGCUCACGAAAGCAGGGAGAAGGAGCUCCAAUCCCAGGUUGAUCAACUCAAGUCGCAAUUACAGCAGCACGUCGAAAAAGAUGUGGUCGCUGGCGGUGAGCGCUCGCAUGACGAUAGCGACGAUCGCGUCGCCCAUCUGCAAAAGCAACUGUCUAACUGGGAGUCUAAACAUGCUCAAACGACGAACUCAAUGAAAGAAUCUGAGACUAGGCUGCUCGCUACUAUCGCAACUCUGGAGGGUUCUCUCUCCGAGGCACAGAAGUCGGUUGCCAGUCGCGAUGCCGAGUACGAUGCAGCAAUUGCCAACCUUGAUCAAGAGCGAGCUCAACACAAAGAACUCGUCAGCUCGUUAGAAAAGCAAAUCGCUGACUACCAAGCUGCUAGCAAGGAACACAGUCAGAAGCUUUCGCUGCUCGAGCAAUCCUACGCAAGCAUUAGGCAGCAAGUUGAUGAGGACAGCAAGGGCAGAGAGCUUACAGAGAAGGAGUUGCAGACUCACCGCAAUCUGGUAACAAACCUGGAAAGUCAGAUUGAAGCUCAUAAGUCCGCGAUUGGGAUACAUGAGCAGAAUCUGGAAACCCUGAAAGCAUCUCACACAGAAGAGCUUGAGGGUGCAAAGACUGCUUUGGCAACAGCUGAGCAAAACUUCCAUGACAAAUACACAGCCCUGGAGGCGCAGCACAAGUCCGUCCAGCAAGACCUCGAACGAUCUCAAGUUGAUCUGCAAGAGUUGCUUGCCGAGGCGGCAGCCAUCAUGGGCCAUGAAACCGACGUUGGACGGUUUCCCUCUCAUUUGGCUGACUUUGUUGGACAAAACAGAGACAUUAGUGCUGGCAAGAACAAUGAGCAAGAUCUUGAGAUCGCUCAGACCAGGGUUGCUGCUCUUGAGGUCGAGAUAGCGCAACUGAAGACAAGCAAUCAGGAGAUUAUGUCUAACAUGGAGCGUGCAGUGGAGAACGAACGUAAGAGUGCUGCUCUGGUGCAAGAGUUGGAGGAUCAGCUCAACUCCACAUUCGAUUUGCACCAAGACACAAGCAACAGACUGUCUGCUAUACAAAGUGAGCGACAUGCGCAACUCGAAGAAGCGACAAGUGCCAGGAAUGAGAUGAAGAAAGAACUCGAGGAUGCCAGAUUGAAGGUCUCCUUACUUGAGUCUCAGCUUACCGAACUGCAACGCCGUUCCAUGGCAUCGACCUCUCGUGACUCGAUGAAUUAUGCUCGCGAGUCGUUAUCGCCUGAAGCUGCAGCGUUUGCACUUGCUCGUACAAGCUCGCAGACCUCUUUGAUGAGUCGUCCGAAAUCUAAUGCUACAAACGCAGCUUCGGGCCUUCCUUCUCCACCGCCUGCGAUUCCUCUGCCACCUAUUCCUACUCCGGGUCUCAACGGCUUGAGUCCUUUCUUGAGCCAGAGUAGCAGCGUACCAAUGGGCUUGGGUAUCGAUGCUCGUACUUCAAGCCCUGCACCUACCACUACCUUCACUGCUUCAUCUCCUCCUGGGACGCCCCUCCACACCUCUUUCCCAAUGCCACCAUCAGCUGCACCUUCGAGUGUGCAGCCUGAUCCUGGUUAUGCACAAGUGAUUGAGGAGCAAGAGUCUCGCAUUCGUACUAUUGAGAAGCACUUGUUUGCUGAGAAACAGCUUACGGCUACGCUGGAAGAAGCUCUUGUCGAUCUUGAGACAUCGCAGAAUAAGACCAGACAAGAUCUCGAGUUAUGGAGGAAGAAAUGCUCGAACUUGGAAGAUGAGCUGGUGGGACUACGCAAGGAACGCACAAACUCAAGAGCAAGCAUGCAGCAAGUAGAGGAGGAGAGGGAGAUGAGACAUCGUGCGGAGCGUGCGAGACAGGCGCUCGAGGAACGUAUGCGAGAAUUGAAUGCGGGACAGAAGAAGAAGAAAGGAAUGUUGAACUGUUUCUAA